AUGCUGUCCACUCUGGUAUUCGCCUCGGCGCUCUUCUCGUCGGUGCUCGCGCUCCAAAUUACCUCGCCCAGCAAGGACACAGUCUGGAAGGCGGGCGAGUCGCAGACCGUCCAGUGGGACACGGUCUCGUCGGACCAGGAUAGCUUUAACGUCUACCUGUCCAACUUCGCCAGCUACCCGACCCAGACCAUCCUCCUUGCCUCUGACAUCUCGUCGUCCGAUGGCAGCCUCGAGGUUGACGGCAGCAAGCUCAUCACCGGCAACAGCUGGCAGAUCAACUUCACCAACGGUACCAAGACGGAGCAGAUCUACGCCCAGUCCUCUCAGUUCAACAUCACUGAGGGCAGCUCCAGCUCCUCAGCUUCUGAUGCCACCACUACCACCGCCGCCACCACCAAGAGCACGGCCACUGGCGUAACCACCGCCACUGCUACCGCAACCGGCACCGACGCCAGCGACUCCACCGCCACUGGCACCAGCGAUUCCACCGCUACCGGCACUGCUACCGGCACCGCUACCGGCUCCAACGCUGCCACUGGUUCCUCCACCGCCACCGGCAGUAGCAGUAGCAGCACCAGCACUAACGCCACGUCAGGUGCCGGCAAGGCCGUUGUUGGCUGGAUGUCCUUGGCUGCCAUCGCAGCCGUCUUUGCCCUGUAA